AUAGUGUGAGCAGUGUGAGGGGUUGUGUAUAGUGUGUGAGGGGUUGUGUAUAGUGUGUGAGGGGUUGUGUAUAGUGUGUGAGCAGUGUGAGGGGUUGUGUACAUACAAGUGCUUGGCCAGGUCUGUGGGGCUGUGUUGUUGUCCGUGUCCCCUGUGUGAGGUGCAAGUGAGCUGACAGCUGGUGUGUGUGUGUUGAGUGGGUGUUUGGCAGGGCUGUGUUAUUGAGCAUGUCGCUGCUGUAGGUCUGUGUCACCCUGCAGGCCGUGGGUGUGACUGUGUGUGUGUGUGGGAGUUGUGGGAGUGUAACUGCUGCAGCUCCUUGGAUUGUGCCGUAUACAUAGAGAGCCUUGUCGUCGUCGGCAGUGUAUGAUUGUGUGCUGGUGCUGCAGGUCUAUAUUGUGGGUGUCUCACUUUUGUGUGUCUGUGGGGGGGUUGGAUGUGGUUUGUCUGCAGCAUGUGACUCACUGCAGUUUGUGUGUGUUUCGCUGCUGCCUCCCGGUAUGUCUGUAACCGUUCUGUGUAUUCGGCACUGAGCAUCUGACUGGGGAGCUGCAGUGUGUGUGUGUCAUGAGUCCGUUUUAGUGUUGCUAUUGCUGCAGUGACUGCAGACGUACAUCAUCCUUCUGGUUUGUGUGUCUGCAGUGUGUGUAACGCUGUGUGUAUCCUCUCCGUGUGCUAAAAUGUGCACAUAGCACAGCCAUAGAGUGCAUGAGCAAUCGUGUGUUUGCAGCGGGCAUGUGAAUUCAUCUCUUGCCAACGACCCAUGUGACCCCAUUAGCCUGUGUGCACUGUGACGUCACACACACAUACAUACACACCCAUACAUACACACGUACACGCUUGAGAUCAUGGCAUCAGACCCACCAGCUCGGAGUUUGGAUGACAUCGACCUGUCUGCGCUGCGGGAUCCUGCUGGAAUUUUUGAACUUGUUGAAGUUGUUGGAAAUGGAACUUAUGGACAGGUGUAUAAGGGCCGUCAUGUCAAGACUGGGCAGCUGGCUGCUAUUAAGGUCAUGGAUGUCACAGAGGAUGAGGAAGAGGAGAUCAAGCAGGAGAUUAAUAUGCUCAAGAAGUAUUCUCAUCAUCGCAACAUUGCAACUUACUAUGGAGCUUUCAUCAAGAAGAGCCCGCCGGGCAAUGAUGACCAGCUUUGGCUGGUCAUGGAGUUCUGCGGAGCCGGCUCGGUAACAGAUCUGGUCAAAAACACCAAAGGAAAUGCCCUGAAGGAAGACUGUAUCGCCUAUAUAUGCCGGGAGAUUCUGCGGGGGCUGUCCCACCUCCACGCUCACAAAGUGAUACACAGAGACAUCAAAGGGCAGAAUGUCCUCCUCACAGAGAAUGCAGAGGUGAAACUGGUGGACUUUGGUGUGAGUGCCCAGCUUGACCGCACAGUGGGGAGAAGAAAUACAUUUAUAGGGACCCCAUACUGGAUGGCCCCCGAAGUGAUUGCCUGCGAUGAGAACCCAGAUGCCACCUAUGAUUACAGGAGUGACAUCUGGUCUCUGGGAAUCACUGCUAUAGAAAUGGCCGAGGGAGCUCCACCACUCUGCGACAUGCACCCCAUGAGAGCUCUCUUCCUUAUCCCCAGGAAUCCUCCCCCGAAACUAAAAUCCAAAAAGUGGUCCAAAAAGUUCAUUGACUUCAUUGACACGUGUCUGAUCAAGAACUACAUGAGCCGACCACCCACUGAGCCGCUACUUAAGCACCCCUUUAUCAGGGACCAGCCGACGGAGAGGCAGGUUAGGAUCCAGCUGAAGGAUCACAUAGACCGAUCCAGGAAAAAGCGAGGUGAGAAAGAUGAGACUGAAUAUGAAUACAGUGGCAGUGAGGAUGAGGAGGAGAACCAUGGAGAUGAGGGAGAACCAAGUUCAAUAAUGAAUGUGCCGGGGGAAUCCACGUUGAGACGCGAGUUCCUGAGGCUUCAGCAGGAGAACAAAAGUAACUCUGAGGCCUUGAAGCAGCAGCAGGUAGGAGCUCAGCACCGGGACUCUGAGGCGCACAUCAAGCAGCUGCUCCAUGAGAGGCAGAGGCGCAUAGAGGAGCAAAAGGAAGAGCGCCGCCGAGUGGAAGAGCAACAGCGGCGGGAGAGAGAGCAAAGGAAACAGCAGGAGAAGGAGCAGCAACGGAGACGCGAUGACAUACGCCGGGAGGAAGAGAGGAGGAUGGCAGAGAGAGAGCAGGAAUAUAUCAGGCACAAGUUAGAGGAAGAACAGAGGCAGUUAGAAAUCCUUCAGCAGCAGCUUCUACAGGAGCAGGCACUAUUACUGGAAUACAAGCGGAAGCAGCUGGAGGAGCAGAGACAGUCGGAGCGUCUGCAGAGACAGCUUCAGCAAGAACACGCAUAUCUCAAGUCCCUUCAGCAGCAACAGCAGCAGCAGCAACAACAGAAGCAGCAGCAGGAAAAGAAGCCGCUUUACCAUUACAAUCGGGGUGUCAUGAACCCCAGUGAGAAGCCUGCCUGGGCUAGAGAGGUAGAGGAGCGUUCGAGACUGAACAAGCAGAGUUCCCCGCUUGCUAUUACUAAACUAAGCUCAGUGGAGUCUGCUGGGAACCCAUCACAAACACCUCCCUCACAGCGGCCUCCAGAAAUACAGGAGCACAAGCCACUUCGUACCACUCCUCAGAACCGUGCAGCAUUCAGGCCAACUCCCCGACCCAACUCCUUGCAGGACCCGCUGGCUCCCCCUGUCCGUCAUGCUCCUGUUCCCCCUCCUGCCGACCGGAAUCACCUUUCCCGCCAGAGCUCUGACCCGUCCCCUGAUGGGGGGCCACCCUCUUCUCGUCUAGAGAGGGGACCCUGGGUGAAAUUGCAGCCCGAGGUGCACCCUCCCAAGGUUCCCCAGAGAACAACAUCAAUAGCCACAGCACUGAAUACGAGUGGCUCAGGAGGGAGCAGGCCAGUUCAGCAAGGGCAGCCAGUGAGAGCCAGUAACCCAGAUCUGAGAAGGGCAGAGAGUGGCUGGGAGAGAGGAGACUCUUUGCUCCAGUCCCCGCACCCUAACCUGCCCCAGGCUGGCUCUCUCGAGAGGAAUCGCAUCGCCCCCCACAAGUUGGAGGAAUCCUCUAUUAGUCCUCCAGGGAGCAAAACCCCAGGAGAAGAGCAUCGAUCACGGCCUGGGCGCCCCGCUAGCUAUAAGAGAGCCAUAGGAGAGGAUCACCUGCUGGUGAAGGACCGGCCUGAAGAUGUGCCCAAAGCUCCUAAGAAAGCCUUGGACUACUCUUCCUCCAGCGAUGAACUGGACAGCAGUGAUGAAGAGGAAGAGGAGGGCGAUGCUGAGAGGCAGGAGCCCAGCAGGGACAGUUCAGGAGCCAGUCGGAGCGGGCGAGACGCAGAUACAGACAGUGUCAGUACUAUGGUGGUUCAUGAUGUGGAGGAGCUGAUGGGGAGCACAUCUGACAGUUCCUAUGGAGACGGCACCAUGGUUGUUCAGAGAACGCCGGAGGAGGAACGCAGUCUCCUUCACGCUGACAGUAAUGGAUAUACCAACCUGCCUGAUGUUGUGCAGCCAAGCCAUUCUCCCACCGAGCCCAAGGGACAGGGCACUUCUCCCAGCAAGGAGGGCAACGGCUCAGAUUAUCAGUCUCGUGGUUUGGUGAAAGCGCCUCCCAAAACCUCAUUUACAAUGUUUGUAGACCUCGGACUGUAUCAGUCAUCAGGGGGAGGAGGAGACACAAUUCCCGUGGCAGCGUCCUAUGUGAGCGGAGACCCAGCCCGACUGGAGCAGCUGAAAUACGAAGCUCGGAAGGGAUCUGUGGUGAAUGUAAAUCCGACCAACACGAGGCCUCACAGUGACACGCCAGAGAUCAGAAAGUACAAGAAGAGAUUCAACUCGGAAAUCCUUUGCGCCGCUCUCUGGGGGGUGAACCUGUUGGUCGGCACAGAAAAUGGACUGAUGCUAUUGGACCGCAGUGGUCAGGGCAAAGUAUACACCCUGAUUACCCGCCGACGCUUCCAACAGAUGGACGUCCUUGAGGGACUCAACUUGCUCAUUACUAUAAGUGGUAAGAGGAACAAGCUGCGGGUGUAUUACCUCUCUUGGCUGCGCAACAAGAUCCUCCAUAACGACCCCGAGGUGGAGAAGAAGCAAGGCUGGAGCACAGUGGGAGACAUGGAUGGGUGUGUGCAUUACAAAGUUGUGAAAUACGAGCGCAUCAAGUUCCUUGUGAUUGCACUGAAAAACUCCGUAGAGGUUUACGCCUGGGCCCCCAAACCCUACCACAAGUUUAUGGCCUUUAAGUCGUUUACAGAUAUUCCCCACCGGCCCCAGCUGGUUGACCUAACAGUGGAGGAAGGCCAAAGGCUUAAGGUCAUCUACGGUUCCUGCUCAGGAUUCCACGCCGUUGAUGUCGACUCUGGAAACAACUACGAUAUUUACAUCCCUGUCCAUAUCCAGAGCCAGAUCAAUCCCCAUGCCAUCAUCUUUCUGCCAAACACCGACGGCAUGGAGAUGCUGCUCUGCUACGAGGACGAGGGAGUCUAUGUCAACACCUACGGGCGUAUCAUCAAGGACGUGGUGCUGCAGUGGGGAGAGAUGCCCACCUCUGUUGCUUAUAUCUGCUCAAACCAGAUCAUGGGCUGGGGGGAAAAGGCCAUUGAGAUCCGUUCAGUGGAGACAGGACACCUGGAUGGAGUCUUCAUGCACAAGAGAGCUCAGCGGUUGAAGUUCCUGUGUGAACGCAACGACAAGGUGUUCUUUGCCUCCGUCCGUUCCGGCGGGAGCAGCCAGGUGUAUUUCAUGACUCUGAAUCGCAGUUGUAUCAUGAACUGGUGAGCGAGAAGAGGAUGGAAGCGAGGGAGUGAAUGGUCUCCCCAUACCCUACACACUGGAGUCCCUUCGUCUUUCUGUUCCGAUGCUUCUUACUCCAGACUACAGUGCCUCUUGUUUGCUUUUAGUUUGGCUGCAGUCUAAUUUAUUGAGGUCUUCUCUAACACUAGAAACCCAAUCCAAGCACCCACCACAUCUCCAGUUUUCAAUGGAUAAAGGGUAUAAACAGAGCCGAAAUGGACAGAACAUUGCCCCGGGCACAUGGAUCGCCACCGAGUAUUCUGGUUGGUCUCUGAGGUCCUUCACUGAGCUCUUUACAGUGGCAACUUGAACCCCCAACCUCGGGGUUAAUGAGCUGCUAGACAUGUAGGUCUCACACACACACACACUGAGCCUCAGGGUGAAGGAACGUGGGAUACGACAGAUUUGCACACACACAGAUUCCUAUCAACCAAUAGGAUCGCGGCGCUUAUGAGAUGCAAUUUAACUAUGACACUUUUAAAAAAAUAAAAUAAAAAAGGAAGAUUCCCACAAUAGAGUUAAAUAUAAAGGCACUUUAUCAGCUGUAUAAUUACUAGCAGUCACAAUCAGGGGGUCCUGGUGUAAAUGGAGUGUUUCUCCUUUUACACCGGCCCCCUCUGUCCUCCUUUAGCUUUAAGUGGCGUAUUUCUUACCUUCAGUUUGUCUAAACUGCCAGCCGGGUGCAUUCCUGGAGAAACAUGGACCUGUGCAGCCCACUUUACUCUUUCAGCCUCGCCUUCUAGAUCCGCUUGUAAUUGGGAAAAAAAAAGUGUGUUGCCUCGUGGUGCUGUCGCUAUUUGUUUUUUGGGGGCGCAGUUGCACCCCCAGACUUCCGUUAACGUGGGACAGGCAGUGAACAAAGUCAUACGGAAAUAAACUAGGCUUUAAUGCUCAGCAGCUGCACUGAGAGGCCCCCCCACCUGCUGCAGGACCCCCUCAAAAGAUUUAGCCAUUAUCGUUUCGGAAGACGGGGUCACAGAGCUUUAGGCGCCUCUCAUUCAGAGUAACCGAUCAAGUUUCGUACUUCGAAAAUCAGUGGCACCUCCCUACAGGUGAAAUUAAACACCACAAUGCAGAAUAUUCAAGCAGAGACUCAACCAAAAAUAAAAACACCUUGAGAAAUGGCUUUUAUUUCCAAAUAAUCUUAUUUCCCCGGUAAUCGAACUUGGACGCACGACGCUGCCCUACAGAAAGUGACAAUCACGGUGUUCGAUGACGUGCGGCGGAAUCGUUAUUUUUGUAAACUGACAAAGACGCCGAUUAUUAGGAGGUGACACGAUAUUUUAUGUAGCAAAUUGUACAAAGGUUGGGGGUGAAAAAUGAGGAAUGAUGAAGAGGGUGAUGUUAUUGCUCUUCAAAUAAAAUGAUGUCUGCUACUAAUA